AAAAUGAACUGGUAGAACGAUUACAAACUUGUAUCUUUGAACGAUUCCUUUAGAACGAUUCUACAAACGAUCGGCCAUGGCAAUUUCUCCAACCCCUGUUUCCCAACAGGAACCUUCGUGUUCGAAUCUACCUCAAGAACACGCCUCAUUGCAGUCACCAGCGGACGCGUUGGAGAAGAAGAAGAAGAGAAACCAGUCUCCCGGUGUUCGUGUUAUCGGCGCUCGUAUCUAUGAUUCCCAGAAUGGGAAAACCUGUCACCAGUGCCGUCAGAAGACGAUGGACAUUAUGGCACCUUGUAAAAAUCACAAAAAGGAAAAACAAUGCACUAUCAAAUACUGCCAUAAGUGCUUGCUGAACAGAUAUGGAGAGAAAGCAGAGGAAGUGGCAGUUUUGGAGGAUUGGUUUUGUCCAAAGUGCAAAGGCAUUUGUAAUUGCAGUUUUUGCAGGAAGAAAUUGGGGCAACAACCUACUGGUAUACUUUCAUAUACUGCAAAGUCUACAGGUUUUGCAUCUGUUUCCGAGAUGCUUCUUGUUAAAGGUCCUGAUGUUCAAUCAGCAAAGAAAUCUACCCAUGACAAUCCGAAAAAAGGGAAGGAAAACCUUAAUGAAAAUUCUGAUAUGAAUCUUGUUGAGCAAAAGGCUAAGAAGGUGAAAAAGGGGAAUAUGCUGGAGGAAAAGGAUAAAAAAGAUGAUAAAGAGAUGGAUCAUGGAGUCAUCAUAUCCAAGAAAAGAAAAAAGAAUAUCAACACAGAUAUGGAGGGAAUGAGUGAUGUACCAGAUGCUAAGAAGCUUAAAGUUGAAGGCCAAGUGGAGACAAAUCCUAUUUGUUCCUUGAGUGAUGGAGUCAUCAUAUCCAAGAAAAGAAAAAAGAAGAUCAACACAGAUAUGGAGGGAAAGAGUGAUGUACCAGAUGCUAAGAAGCUUAAAGUUAAAGGCCAAGUGGAGACCAAUUCUAUUUGUUCCUUGAGUGAUGUUGAAAUCCCACUACCUCAGGGAUCUGAAAUGAGAACUGUGGCUGGAAUUGAACUGCAACCUAAAGAAGUUGGUCAUGCAUUGCAGUUCCUUGAAUUUUGUGCUGCUUUUGGAGAGAUUCUUGAGCUCAAGAAAGAUGAGCCUGAAUACAUCCUAUACGAACUAAUUCGUGGGGGUAGUGGAUGUAUUGGACGGUCUUCUCCAGUUGCCCAGUUUUUUGUUCGUCUGUUAUCACUGAUACAAACAGAUUCAGCAGAUAGCUCUAUUGUGUUAACUCAUAAACUUAGCCACAAAACCUCAUGGAUGCUUGCACUCCAUAAAUGCAUCUCUGGUUCAACAUAUUUAUCAGGAAAACUGAAGUUGGAUCAACUUGAUGGGGGAGUUGACAGUUACAAAAGCUUAAACUCCACAGAAAGGCUUACACUGGUAAACUUUGUAUGUGAUGAAGUUCUCUGCACCAAUAAGGUAAGGAAUUGGAUAGAUGAGCAAAAACUGAAAUGUUCUGAGAAUGUGAAGGAGACAAAAGAAAAAGUUGUAGCUGCUAAAAACAAGGAAAAACAAUUGAAGCAAAAGAUGCAUAGUGAGCUGGCUGAAGCUAUGAUUUCAAAAAAUGGUGUUCCUCUAUCAAUUUCAGAGCAAACAGCCAUAGUAUCACAAAUUAAAGUGCAAAUAGCUCAAGCUCAUGCUGAGAUGCUGGAAUCAAAAGAGAUGCUAUGCAUAGAAAAACAACAAUGCAUUUCUGUUAGAACAAAGCCCAUCCUCGAGGAUAAUGGUGGUCGCACAUUUUGGAGAUUGAAGGGUUGUGGUGCUGAAUCUAACAUUUUACUUCAAGAAGCAAGUCUCCCAGAUGAAUCUGAGUUUCAUGAAACAUGGUUCACCUAUGAAGAAGAGGAACAGGCAGACAAGAUUAAGAAAUACAUAUCUUCCAAGGGAAAAGUGAAGAAGGAGCAUAAAAGAUUUAAGCCCAAGCUUAUAAUACUCUGAUUAUACCUUGUGCCUGGUUUUAGGGAAUUGGCUGAAUUGAAUUAGACUAAAGUUACCAGAUAAUAAACUUAAUUCAUUUUAAUUUGCAAUGUUUGUGUACUUUUGAGUUUGAAAUUGGGGAGGUGGUAAAAACUUGAUUUUUUUUACUUUUUACUGUAUUUGUAAACAUUUAUUCUAAACAAAAUGCUCCAUUAGGAAGAAGUAUAAAUAUUAUACUGAUCCUUAGUGCUUGGGAUACAUUUUAGAAUGACAAUUAUCUGUCUUAA